AUGACAAAAUCGAUUUGCGUAAUUGGUGCGGGUGCCGCAGGAUUAAUUACAGCAAAGCAUGCCCUCAACGAAAAUUUUAAGGUCGACGUGUUUGAACAAACUGGGAAAGUUGGUGGCACUUGGGUCUAUUCGGAUGAAAUUGGAUGUCAUUCGAGCAUGUACAAAAUAAUGAAAACCAAUUUGCCGAAGGAGGCAAUGCAUUAUCAAGACAAUCUGUUUCCGGAUGAUUUGCCGAGUUUUAUGUCUCAUGAACACGUCCUAGAAUACCUUGAAAAUUUCUCAAGGGGAAUUCCGAUUCAAUUCAACACCACGGUCGUCGGCGUGACAAGGGAUGGCGAUUGGUGGAAGGUCUCGACACGAAAUAGCGGUGUUGAAAAUGAGUCCACAUAUGAUGCUGUUCUUGUAUGCAAUGGCCAUUAUUUCGAACCGCUGAUUCCAUUCGAAAACUCGCAAAUCUUCAAAGGAGCCUUUCUACAUAGUCACGACUAUCGAAAAGCCGAUGCAUUCGCCGGAAAAUCGGUAACCAUUAUUGGCGCGGGACCAUCGGGCAUCGAUAUUUGCUUACAAGUAAGCCGGGUGGCGGAGAAUGUCAACCUCAUCGGCAACAAAGCGAAAUACCCAAAUAUGCCGGAUAAUGUGUCGCAGCUCGUUAAGCACGUCGAGACGAUCACCGAAACUGGUGUGCGAACCGAAGACGGUGAGCACAUUGAUUCGGAUGUGAUUAUAGUAUGCACCGGAUAUGCAUUCAAGUUUCCAUUUCUCACAAGUGAAUUACUUCAAGUCUCCCAUAACGGCCAAGUCGUUUCACCGUUGUACCAACAUAUUUGCCACGUCGAUUAUCCGGAUUCGCUUAUUUUUAUUGGAAUCCCCCUCUCGACAAUCACAUUUCCCCUAUUUGAAAUUCAAGCGAAAUUUGCGAUUGCGUUAUUGCGUGGGCGGGUUCUUCUACCGGAUAAGCACGCAAUGAUGGAUUUCGAAAAAAAUCGGAUGAAGAUCCUAUCAUCACCCAAUCAAUAUCAUUUUCUGAUGAAUGAACAGUGGGACUACAUGCGCGAGUUGUGCAAGUUGGGACAAUUCGAGGAAUGGUCCUACUUGAAGACAUUGGAGCGCCUAUUCAAAUUCAUUAUUGAGCAGCGCGGAAAAAAUGUCGUUUCAUUGAAGGCGUUCCUAACAUUCAGAAGAAUGAAGUAUUUGCAAAUGCAUAGAGUUGUUAUUGUAAUCCAAUCAGCAGUCAGAGGCUUUAUUCAAAGAAGGAAGCAUGAGAAGAUUCCCUCAUCAGUGAUCGCGAUUCAGGCCGCAUACAGAGGGGGGGAUUGGAUGGUUUAG